CAGUGAUCUGCCUCUCAACAAGAUGGCACCUUUCAGCUCUUCUUUGCUUGCCCUUUCUCCUACUCCUGAGCCUGAUAUGUGCCCUGUCUCCCCAGCCAAGGAAGCCGGCACACCAGUCCAAGAGGUACCAGAGACUGAGCAGCAAAAGGUACUCCGUUCUUGGGUCGCACUAUUGCAGGCAUUGGACACCCAGGUCAAGAUCAUUCCUGGUGAUGGUCCUGAGUUGUUUGAGGGUAGAGAGUCAUGGAUGUGUGGUUGGAGUCAGCUGUCUUCUGAGGUCGAGAAGAAGGAGGUGCCCAUUCGCGCUAUCAAGGCCUUGCCUUCCUGCGCGGUUAAGGCUGACAAGGGUAAGGGUAAGGGUAAGGGAAGUGUGCCUAGUGUUCCUACCAAUGGCACUGAUGAGGUUGAGAGUGAGGUAGAGCACCUCAGGGCUGAGAAUGAACAUCUCAAGAACAUUAUCCGCUCGAUGCACCAAAGCGGGCGCAGUCCGCAGAGUCGCCUUAUUGUGUUGUCUAACCAGACCUAUACCAUGUCUACUGAGCUGGGUCUAUCCUGUGGUCCUGGUGCCAAAGCGCCUUUAGAAUAG